CAGCACCAGUGACGGGCGCACGUCCUUAGUGUUUCAGAAGGCUUCAAUAAACAACAACAACUUGUUUACGCGUAAACAAAGUUACGUCGAGUUAAGUUCAACUUGCAGAUUAUUAAAAUGGGCACACCGCCGACACAAGUUGGCAUUCGGCCAAAGAAACAGAAUCAUGCGAACAUUCCAUGUCCCAUAGAAGAUUGUGCAAGAUUUACGUAUGGUAAACUUCCAGACCACCUCACUAAAAUUCACGGCCUCAUCGGCGCUGAAAGAGACGCAUUAAAUGAACAACAGAGGAAGAGAUUCUUCAACGGAGAACUGUGCCAAGUACGCUACUUGAAGGAAUCUGCUAUUAGAGACCUAUGGGGAAUAGAUUACGAUGAUCCUCGUAUCCGGGCCAAGAUUCACCAAAGUUAUGCACUCGUCAAAAUAAGGAUCAUUCCUCUGGCAGCUACACAACGAUGUCGACCACUCACAGAACAAGAUGCUAACGUUCUCACUGCAUACAAUGCCAGGACUGCACCUCGACCUGCACGAGUUCAGCGGAAUAGAACGAGAGCUAGACCUUACCCCAUUCCAGAAACAAGUCCUGCAGAAAGAGUUUCAAGUGAGUCAAGCGAGGGUGAGGAAAUUACUCGUAAUUCUUUGCCACUUUCUCCACCACCAUCCUCGCCCUCUUUGCCUCCGUCACCUGCUCCUUAUGAGCUGCAACCAGUCGAAACCCGGCUCAGAGAUAUCUUCGAUUCGAAAGUCGACGCAGGAUACAAAGCUAUCAUCGACGAUAUGAAGAAAUCAAUGACGAUGGGCCGAACGCUUGGUACCAGAAAACGCAAGGCAUACAGAAUGUAUCGCCGCUAUGCCAAACGGCUUAUUGCUUUUCUGCAUCGACAGCAUUCUCCUCUCGCUUAUGAUGUGGAUGUUUUAUUAUGCGGAGAAAGACAAGUGUGUGCAUUUCUGGACCGGAUUAGCAAUGAGCAUAAAACCAAAACAUUAAGGAACUAUAUUGUAGCCGCGAUAAAAUUAUUGGACUCCCGUUUAAUGGCGAUAGAAAGGGAUAAUUCUUGCAAAGAAAAAGUUGUAUCAAUGACCAGAGUAUAUGAAGUACUGUUGGGUAGACUCCAUAAUUGCGAUGGAUUACUUACUCAGAAGGAUGUAUUAAGCGAAAAAGACAUUACAUUUGAUAGCGAUGCCAUGGAACAGGAAUUUAACGAAAGUUUUCACGACGAUCUUGAAUAAAGUUUUACUUACCCUUUGGAUAAAUUAAGGUGUAAAUAUAUUGAAUUUUUAUAAUUUAUUCCACAAACACAUAUUUAUUUCAAAUCUAUUUAGUAUAAUCUAGUCUGUACAAGUCGUUUUCUAGUCAUGUAAUGUACAAUAAUCACAAUGUACCUAUUGUGUUAAAUCGCUGUUUAUAAAAUUGCGUUGUAUUUUUUUCUAAUUAUAGCACUAUUUGUGUUGUUGUGUAAUAUAAAUUGACUAAUGAUACGUGUUCCAAGCAAUAAUUUGUAAUGUAACUAAAAACUAUAUAGAUAUAAAUAUUUAACUUAACGCUACUGUAAAAAUGUCACGUUAUUCGAUAAUAAUUAAAAAUAAUUUAAUUUUGAUCUUGUGCGGCAGGAAUAUGUUAAUCUGAAAAAUAUGUCGUUAUUUCAAAUGUGGUAAAUAGUUUCUUUAAGACUUAUUUUUUAUACUUUAAUUCAAUUUGAAGUCAUUGAUGGUAUGAGUUUAUUUACCCCAAUUUAUCCUUCUUUAUCCAAAGUAAGACAGAAUUUAUCUGCCACGUGGCUUUUAAUCAAGCACUUUUCUUCUAUAAUUAUGUAAAUAAUAUUAUUAUAAAUCCUCUUUUUUAAAGUUUCAAGCACUUUAUAAUACUAAUUUUGUUUCGA